CUCGGACUGGCCCGCCCCCUUGUGCAGCCUCGGCGGCCUACGUUUGGAAAAGCUCUACAGGGUGGUUUAGCGUGGCCCGAGCGCUAGUAAGCGGUGCCGCCCUACAACCUUCGCCCGGGCCCGGUGGCCGGCUCCGCCUCAUCUGGAAUCUUUUCGCCAGCCCAAAAUGGCGGCGGAGGUGGAUUUUGGCGACCUGGAGCUGUUCGAGGCGUUUGAGCACCCCGAGGAAUCGAUUCCAAAGCCCGUUCACACCCGUUUCAAGGACGACGACGACGAGGAGGAGGAAGAGGAAGAGAAUGGAGUCGGCGACGCGGCGCUGCGGGAGCGGCUUCGGCAGUGCGAGGACACCAUCGAGCAGCUCCGCGCCGAGAAUCAAGAACUUAAAAGAAAACUGAACAUUCUGACUCGACCAAGUGGAAUAUUGGUGAACAAUACUAAGUUAGAUGGACCUUUAUUACAGAUUCUGUUUAUGAACAAUGCUAUCUCAAAGCAAUAUCAUCAAGAAAUAGAGGAAUUUGUAUCAAAUUUAGUAAAAAGAUUUGAGGAACAGCAGAAAAAUGAUGUGGAAAAGACCUCCUUUAAUCUUUUGCCCCAGGCAUCCAGUAUCGUACUAGAAGAGGACCACAAAGUAGAGGGACCCUCUGCCAUUACAAAGAACCAGGAAGCGUUUAGCGUUGUAGGAAGUGUCCUGUAUUUUACUAAUUUUUGCCUUGAUAAAUUGGGGCAACCGCUUCUAAAUGAAAACCCUCAGCUUACGGAAGGAUGGGAAAUACCCAAGUACCAGCAAGUCUUCAGCCAGAUUGUUUCUCUAGAAGGGCAAGAAAUACAAGUAAAGGCAAAAAGGCCAAAGUCUCACUGUUUCAAUUGUGGUUCGGAAGAUCACCAAAUGAAAGAUUGCCCAAUGCCUCGGAAUACUGCUCGAAUAAAUGAAAAGAGAAAGGAGUACCUGGAUGCCUGUGGUGAGGCAAACAGUCAGAAUUUUCAGCAGCGGUACCACGCGGAGGAAGUAGAAGAAAGAUUUGGAAGAUUCAAACCAGGAGUUAUUAGUGAGGAGCUUCAAGACGCACUUGGUGUGUCGGGCAAGAGUCUUCCGCCUUUUAUAUAUCGAAUGCGCCAGCUGGGAUACCCUCCAGGUUGGCUCAAAGAGGCUGAAUUGGAAAAUUCAGGGCUCGCACUCUAUGAUGGAAAAGAUGGUGCUGAUGGGGAAGCCGAAGCUGGCGAAGUACAGCAGAACAAAAGCGUGACUUACGAUCUCACCAAAUUGGUAAACUAUCCAGGUUUUAAUAUCUCUACUCCCAGAGGAAUUCCAGAUGAAUGGAGGAUGUUUGGUUCCAUACCCAUGCAGGCAUCCCAGCAGAAGGAUGUGUUUGCCCACUUCCUAAGUUCUACCUUCCAAGCGCCAAAUGUGAGAUCCAGCAGUAAGAGGUCUUCAUCUCAGUCAAGCCCUUGUAGUCCAAAGAAGCAGAAGAAGGAAAGCAGCUCAGAAGCAUCCCCCGCCGACAUGGACCUCGACUCGGAUGUGGAGGUGCCGCACGGUUCUCAGGGCAGUGAGGCUUUUCAGUUCCAACCCCCACUGCCUCCUGGCACCCCUCCCAUCUUCACGCCACCUCUCCCCAAAGGUACCCCACCAGUGACGCCCAGUGACUCACCCCAGACCCGAGCAGCAUCUGCAGCUAUGGACGAGGAUGCCCUGACCCUGGAGGAGCUUGAAGAACAGCAGAGGCGGAUAUGGGCGGCUCUGGAGCAGGCCGAGAGUGUCAACAGUGAUUCUGAUAUCCCCGUUGACACACCUUUAACUGGGAAUUCUGUUGCCUCUUCACCUUGUCCAAAUGAACCAGACCUCUCUGUUCCUGAGGGAAAACCAUCAGAAAAACAGAUGCCAGUUGAAGCCGAGGUGCCACUUGAAGCCGAAGUGCCACUUGAAGCCGAGGUGCCACUUGAAGCUGAGGUACUGCUUAAAGCUGAGGCGCUCAACACUUGUAUAGAGAAAUCUCAAGUUGAACAUUCCCCAGCGAGUCCAGAUGCAGAGGCUACGUUGCUUUGUCAGAAGGAAAAGGAAGAGCCUGCUCAGGUUGACUCUGAAGGUGUCCUUCUCAAUAAUGGCAGUGUUGUAUCAAACUCGGACAUUAGCAAUGGGGGCAGCCAGAAGCUGCUCCAUCCGGGCACCAGUCCUUCUACAACCACUAAAACUCAUAGUCCCAUACCUGACAUGAGCAAGUUUGCAACAGGAAUAACUCCAUUUGAAUUUGAGAAUAUGGCAGAAUCUACUGGAAUGUAUCUCAGGAUAAGAAACUUGUUAAAAAACUCUCCCCGAAACCAGCAAAAAAACAAAAAGGCUUCCGAGUAAGGCUUGCUGGAACACCAACAACUAUUUAAUUAAUUGUCUCUCACUUUUUUUGUUCUGUCAAUUAAUUCUAAGUGGACAGAUAAAAUUGUUUUCCUAUUUGUCCCUCUCGUGUUUAAAAAUCUAUCCCAGGCUUAAUUGUGGUCUACAGCCAAGCCUGUUUUUAAGACUAGGCCCGCUAGUUUACUAUAUUUUAUUCCCUCCAGCAAAAACUUGGGUUAGGAGCAGGUUUAGAGAUAGUUUGUUAAGGUUUAUACUAUUUUUGGAUUGUGAGUUUCGUCAGAGUGAUGGUUUUUAUCUGUCUUUUGUACGUUGUUUUCCGUUUCUACGUUUUGCUAACUAUCCUGUACAUAAGUUUAAUAUAUCACUUUUUAAAAGAAAAAAAAAAAAAAACUCUAACCAUUUUAAAGUCACAUUUCAACUCCAGCAACCAAAUGAGUAAAAUCAGGGAGGAGCAGCUUUGUCUUAUUUGGGGUAUUUUUGUAAGUGAUUUACAUGCAUCAAUUUUAAUGACACUUUUACUUUUUUGUAACCUCAUUCUUCACAUAAGCCUGCGAUACAGGUAUGUUCAUCUUUGUGGACAGAGGUUUAAUAAAUUAGCUUUCUUAAAUGUAAUCUAAGACUUUGAAUAUGAAAAAAAGUGAUUCACAGUGAAGUUAGUAUAUACAACCAUAAAUCUGAAAGUAGAUUAUGUGGUUGUAAAAAUACGAAGCAAAUAUAGUUCUAAGAAAUUACAAAUUUGGGUGUUUUUAGUGGAUUUCAGCCUUAAAUCUAAAAACAGUACAAUCUUUCAAAGUAAUGAUUUCAAAAAAAAAAAAAAAAAAUGGAGGCAGCUAGCCCUUGUACAGCAGUCUUUUCUACAUUUGAACCCUAAGAUAAUUGAUAGUUAAAAAUAUAUUUAAACAACUGUCUCAAUUGACAGAUGAAUAAGACAGACUGAAACUUUGGCUUUCGUCUAGUGUGGGAUUUCUUCACACCUUUACACUAGGUCAAGUCCCUGAAAAUAAACGUUUAGAUUAUUUUGAAUUACUAGUCUCCCAUAGUGUAAUCCAGCUCUCUGGCCAGCAGAGGGAGCAAAAGGAAACCACUCUGAAGUUAGUGUUUAAGAAUUUCUGUAAUCAAAUGUAUGGUUCUACAAACCAUAUACGGAAGGAAAACAAUAGGAAAAGGGCAAGUUGCAUUUGAAAGCCCUCACAGAAUAUGCUAGAAAUAGAACAAAAUGUUACUUUUGGCAUCUUUCUGUGUUUAAGUACGUGGUAAAAAUGAUCUUUUACAUUCGUUUACAUUGUGUUCUUACAUACAUUAUAUUACGUACCCAACAUUUUUGUCAGGUAAAUAUCACCACAUUGUGGAAAUAACAUAAGAGAACCAAUGCAUAGAAAGGUUCACGGACUUGUCAACGUUCAAGAAGUAGUUAUGGAGAGAUGUCAAAUCUUCAGUUAAAGACUUGAGUAUUCCUGCUAUCAGAAGUGGUCUUAAAAAGAAAACCCUGCUGCUGUUGAUUCGAUUCCGAUUCAGCCACCCUGUAGCACAGAGUAGAACUGCUCCAUAGGGUUUCCAAGAAGAGGCUGGUGGAUUUGAACUGCCAGCCUUUUGGUUAGCAGCCGUAAUAUACUGUAGCUCUUAACCACUGUAACCUCAGGGCUCCAUAAAAGCAAUGGUUUCUCAAAAAAAAAAAAAAAAGUUUCCUGUUUCUUCGUUUGUUCACUUAGUUAUUAAGAGCACACUUGUAAUAAGUGUUGUUCAACCCCCUCAGUUACGAUGAGAUCCAGUAAAGAACUUGGGCCAUUUGGUGGGAGAAUCACCUAGGGAGGAAGUAGCUUCAGAUUAGAGAACCACUGGUUUAAGUAUUCGUUCGGAAGGUAUUUGAAGACUUGUGGAGAGAGAUUACCCUUGAGCUAAACCUUAAAGACUAGGUAGGUAAAAGAAACCCAAGACACGUUGAAGAAACUCAUCUACAGGAUCAACUGUCUGCAUGAGCCGUGGCCUCAUCUACUGUGAGACCAGAAGAACUAGAUGGUGCCCGACUACCACUACCAGUCAUUCUCAUCACAGCCACAAUAGAUGGAUCCUGACAGAAUGGGAGAAAAAUGUGGAACAGACCUCAAAAUCUUAAAAAAAAGUCCAGUGUUAUCGUAUUGAUUGAUAGUGGAGGACUCCCCAAGACUAAUUCCGUACGAUGACACUCUUUAAACCUUGAAAUGAAACUCCCCAGAGGUCAUCUUUUAGCUGUAUAACAGAUUGCCUCACAAAAUAAAGAAUAUCACCCGUGAGUACUGCAUUUCUUUAAGAAAUCAUAUAUAUGAAACCAAAAGGUCAGUUUUGUUUUUUUUUUUUAAAUGAGCAGGUUAAAAAAAAAAAAAACCCAGUGCCGUCAAGUUGAUUCCGACUCAUAGCAACCCUAUAGGACAGUAGAACUGCCCCACAGAGGUUCCAAGGAGCGCCUGGCGGAUUCGAACUGCCGACCCUUUGGUUGGCAGCUGUAGGAGGCAGGAAAACUAGAUGACUGGAAACAACAUCCAGAAUGGAAAUAAUGAGAAUGUUCAUACAUUGUGAGGAAUAUAACCAAUGUCACUGAAAUAUAUGUGUGGAAAUUGUUGAAUGGGAACCUAAUCUGCUGUGUAAACUUGUACCGAAAACACAAUAAAAUAUCAUCUAAAAGAACAAGGCUAGGUAGAAUUACCAUAGACAAAAUGAGCAUUGAAAUGGGCAGGAAAUGGCAUGAGUCAAACAGUGUAGGAUGGUAUCAAUUACUCUUUGAUAAUAACUCUUGAUUGCUUUGUUAUGGGGUUUGAAUUUUAAUAGGGAAAAGGAUGGUAAAGAUGGUUAAGUGGGGAGAUGACCUGAUCUUAGUGGUAUUUCGGGAAGAUGAAUCCUAACACAGAAUUCAGAAUGAGUUAAAGAGAGGAGACAGUUUAUAGAAGGGAGCCCAGAAAAAUAGGCAUAGUUGCCUUGAAGAGAUGCCCCAUUAUAAAAAGUUACUCAAUGUGCUGUGUUUGAGUAUUGUGGUGACAGUGUUGGGUGGAGGAACGAGUUCUUGUUUGGACUUGCCUGUGCUGGGACAGGUCUCCAGGUGUGGAUAGGUGAGAUCAUAAACAAACACCUAUACUUCUAGUUGGACUUGGAGCUUGGGUGGGGACCUGUUUCUUGCUUUGCCUUAUGUCAAAAGGAAUGUGAAUUGUAACACAGGUUGCUCAAACAAGGACGGCUCUGACAUCUCCUUGGCCAGGUACGUGGGAAGAAGAUACUGCCCUUACUAAAAUACCAAAUGAACUUUUUUUUUUUUACUUAUUUCAAAAGUUUACAUUUCCUUAAGUGAUGAAAAAAGAACAACCUGCUUUCUACCAAUAAGAGGCUUCCUAAAAUCCUAGUUGAUUUUAUUGUUCAAGUUCUCUGCUAGAAUCCUCUUGCCCUUCUGUCUUGUACUUUGUAUCAUUAGCAGGUAAAACCAACAAGGAUGUCUUAACAAUUUGAGUACCCAAGUUACUUUUAAGGCAUGACUCAAUUCCCAAGAACCCAAUGGUGUCUUCACACAAUCUGUAGGAUUUAGGAAAAUUCCUUUUCCUUCACCUUAAUAUAUUUGUUUGAUUUAAUGAUAUAAAUUCGCUUCAAAAUGUUUAGGGUUAAAUUACUGUUUUUAAACGGAACCAAAAAAAAAAAAAAACC